CUCUAUGCAGUUUUUCUUAUCAAGAUGUUUGUUUUCUUUUUUUGAUUUUCCAGCUGCGAAGCAACUUACAUUUUGCAAAUUUUAGUCAAAGAUUUAUGUUUCUCAGAGGGUUAAAGAGCUAACUGUUUCUGCAAAGCCAUAGAUAAAAACGGUAGCGAGUGAAGACUUAAAUGGAGCUUGACCUGGAUUCAUUUUUAGAUUCACACGCUGAAGAUGAUGAUGAUGAUCACUUACUGCAUCAUCGCACUGUUGAUGAAAUUCUCCUCAACCACUCUUCCUCUUCUUCUUCUUCGCCGUCUCCUCCUUCUUCUCCAUCUUCUUUGCAUAGACGCAAUGAUCUAGAUCGUCGCAAUCGCUCGGCAGAAUCAUCUUUUCAAUCCCUAAAACCACCAUUAGGGUUGCAUCAGACAGAGUCAAGAGCAGAGUCAAUUAGUCGUAAACAAUCGAGUGAAUUUUCUUCACCACCAGCAGGCCAGAGUGUGUUGCCACCAUUCUUCAGUGGGGUCAUCAGAUCAAAUUCAAAACCUGGAGAUGCCUUGGCUGCUGCUUUCGCUGCAUCCCGCUCCAUUCCCGCACCUCGUGCAGCAGCCAUCAAAUCCAGAAAAGCAAGCUCCGGAGUGCUGCAAAGGGCCUUGGAAACUGAUGAAUCGGCUCCUAUAGAUCCUCCAGCUCGCACUAAUGCCGACAUUUCUGACAAAAAUCUUGCUACUUUUGGGCACACAGUGUUUUUACACGAGAUUGGUUCUGAGACUAUUGGUUUGGAAGGUAACAUAAAGGAUCAGUUUCAAGCUGGUCAAGUUCAACUAAGUGAUACAGACAAUGGUAGUAAGGAGGUAUCUACAGUGGAUGCAGGUAUGGACAAUAUGAAUGUUUCUGAUGCAGGUGAUGUUUCUGUGGUGGAUGAUUUUUCAGUUAAAAGUAAUUUGAAUGAAGCUCUAAGUUAUACUGGAACUCAAGUGGAAUCUCCUAGUAGAACUGAAUCAGACUCGGUUUUUCAUGAUAGCUCUGGGUUGGAUGAGAUUGAAGAUAGACAAGUUCAACCUUUAUUUGGAGGUGAAGAUAAUGUUGUAAGUGCGGAUAGCAGUGAAGAAGCUGGUACUAAGGAGAUACUCUCUUCUCCAGUCUAUGAGACUCUUUCUGAUGAAGAUUUGACUAAGAAUGAUGGUGCAAAGCUUGAGCAUGAAAAUGUAAUUCCUCAAUCCAAAGAAGGAGAGGUCAGUUCCAAUGGAGAUGAAACCAAUUCUUUAAAUGAUGCUGCAAGUAUCAUUGAUGAGUUAGUUUUACAGCAGGAAAGUAUGAGGGAUAGUACAAAUCCUCAAAAGAAUUACCAUUCUGCCUUGAACCCCCUAGAAUUGGCUGAGGAAGCUGAAAAGAAGCAGGCCUUCACGGCUAUGCAUUUAGAAGAGGGUGCUUCUGCUCAACCAAUGAGGCUUGAUGGAGUUCAUAGGAGUUCUAAUGUCCUGGGUUACUUUGAUGUAGAUGACAACAAUACCAUCACCCAAACCCUAUUAUCUCAAGCUUUUAGGCGUGAGCAUGGAUCUUCACAGGUCCUGGCUGUUCACCUCAAAUACAUUGCUGUGGGAAUGUCCAAAGGAUCAAUUCUUGUGAUGCCAAGCAGAUACUCCUCCUCACAUCAUGAUGCCAAGAUGUUGAUAUUUGGAUUACCGGGAGAUAAAUCUCAUGCCCCUGUAACUUGCUUGAGCUUUAAUCAGCAAGGGGACAUGCUCUUUGCCGGAUAUGGUGAUGGGCAUUAUACUGUAUGGGACGUACAAAGGGCCUCUGUGCUUAAAGUUGUCACUGAACAUAAAGCUCCAGUUGUUCACCUUUUAUAUUUAGGGCAAGAUUCUCAAGUUACUCGACAGUUUAUUGUGCUCAGCGGUGAUACUAAAGGUGUAGUUAACUUAGACCGGUUUACAGUGUUUCCCUUGUUCAAUAGAAUCUCCCUUUCGAAGUCGCAGGAACUGCUAAAUGAAAGCAACAGCACUACAUUAUGUGCUGUGUCACUACUAUCUGGUGAAAGUUAUGGAAGUGCUAUGGUGGCGGCAAGUCAAGAGGGAGGCAGCCCUUCUUUGAUUGAGGAAGGUGUGGUCAUACUUGGCACACACCAAUAUGCUCUAGUGGCAAAAUUAAGCCCCACAUUUAAAGUUUAUGCUAAAAUUCCACGUCCUGAUGGUGCUAGGGAGGGUUCAAUGCCCUAUGCUGCUUGGAAAUCAGAAAGUAUUUCCACUGAAACAUCAGAAAAAGUUUCACUGCUUGCAAUUGCUUGGGAUCGAAGAGUUCAGGUUGCAAAGCUGGUGAAAUCUGAGCUAAAAGUCUGUUGGAGAUGGACUACGGAUAGCUCAGCAGUUGGGCUGGCAUGGUUGGAUGAACAGAUUUUGGUAAUUCUCACAGCAACUGGACAGCUUUGUUUGUUUUCAAAAGAUGGGAAUUUGAUCCACCAGAGAAGUUUUUCUAUGGAUGGAUCUUGUGGAGAGGAUCUCAUGUCAUACCAUGCCUACUUCAGCAAUGUCUUUGGAAAUCCUGAGAAAGCUCAUCACAAUUGUUUAGGUGUCAGGGGGGCAACUUUGUACAUUCUUCGGCCAUCCCAGCUUGUUGUUUCACGCCUUCUUUCCUGGAAGGAACGAAUAGAAGUUUUACAUAAAGCAGGUGACUGGACGAGUGCACUGAACAUGGCAAUGUCUCUUUAUGAUGGUCAAGCACAUGCUGUUAUUGACCUUCCAAAGAAUUUGGAUGAUGUGCAGAAGACCCUUAUGCCAUAUCUUGUACAACUGCUGUUGUCAUAUGUAGAUGAGGUGUUCUCCUACAUAGCAGUGACAUCUGGCAACCAACAUGGGCAGCCAGGCCAAUCAAAUGAAUUGAAGUAUGAUGCUGACUUUGUGAAUCCUGAUAUUAAGGAGCAGUACACUCUGGUUGGUGGUGUUUCCGUUGAAUUCUGUCUUCAUAUCAAGAGACUUGAUGUUCUCUUUGAUGAAAUUUUUCCAAAGUAUGUUGCUGUGAAUCACAAGGAUACAUUUUUGGAGCUUCUGGAGCCAUAUAUAUUGAAAGACAUGCUAGGAUCUUUACCACCUGAGAUAAUGCAAGCACUAGUCGAGCACUAUAGCACUAAAGGUUGGUUACAGCGUGUUGAACAGUGUGUUCUCCACAUGGACAUGUUGUCCCUGGAUUUCAAUCAGGUUGUUCGCCUAUGCAGGGAGCAUAGACUGCAUGGUGCAUUGAUCUAUUUGUUCAACAAAGGCCUUGAUGAUUUUAGGACUCCAUUGGAAGAGCUCUUUUUAAUUUUGCGGGAUAGCAAAAGAGAAAGUGCUACUGCUCUUGGGUACAAGAUGCUUGUUUACCUCAAGUACUGCUUCCAAGGUUUUGCUUUUCCUCCAGGGCGUGGAGCAUUCCCUUCCACACGUGUGCCAUCUCUUAAAAGAGAGCUUGUGCAAUUUUUGUUGGAGGAAGCGAGUUCUCCAAAUUCUUCGACAGCAAUGUGCUUACCUUACAGUGGACCGAACCCAAACCUUCUCUCUCUGUUAGAGCUCGACACAGAGGCCACCUUGGAUGUUUUGCGAUAUGCAUUUGUAGAAGGUGAAAAUGAAAGUUACAGUCCUGCAUCGGAUCCAGCCAAUUCAAAGAUGGAAACAACUGAAGUAGUCAUUUCAACUAUCGAAGGCAUAAACUUAGUUCAGAAAGUAGUAAAUGUCCUUGCGGUCAUUCUUAAUCUGAGUUAUUUCCAAACUGGUGGUACCUUUAACAAUAAAGAUGAAAUAUGUACUGACAUUUGGCCUACAAGGAAAGAUACCGAAUACAUAUUAGAUUUUAUUUCCUUUUUAAUUGCCUCUGAAAAAGCUAAGGUUUCAAAAGAUACCCUUCGUCAAAUUUUUGAGUACCUGACACUGGGUAACGAAACUUACCCUAACGUUUCUGGGCGGAUAGUUGAAACCUUCAAUAGGAAACAGAAGCAACUGACUGCACUUUUAGAAGUUUUGCCAGGGGAAGACUGGGAUGCUGAUUACUUACUGAAUUUAUGUGAGAGGGCUCAGCUGCAUCAGGUCUGCGGCUUAAUUCAUGCCAUCACACAUCAGUAUCUUUCUGCUUUAGACAGUUAUAUGAAAGCUGUUGAUGAGCCUAUUCUUGCUUUCGUAUAUGUUGAUGACAUGUUGCGGCAACUGAGAGGCAAAGAAUCUGAUGCUUUCAGAUCAGCAAUCAUUUCUCGAAUCCCAGAUCUACUCAAGUUGAACAGGGAAGGAACUUUUUUUCUGAUUGUCAAUCAUUUUGGAGAGGAGAGCGAUUACAUUUUGUCUCAGCUGCAGUCUAAUCCAGAAAGUCUUUUCCUUUAUCUGAAGACUCUCAUUGAAGUUCAUUCAACAGGCACCCUAAACUUCUUUUCUUUAAGAAAAGAUAAUGCUUCAAACUUCUCCAGUGGAAGAAAUAAGAAACAUAUGUCCUCUGAAGUCUACCUGGAAGCCUUGUCUGACUUACCUAAGCUCCUGCAGAACUAUCCAAUUCACAUAACUGAUGAAAUGACGGAGCUUUAUAUUGAGCUAUUAUGUAGGUACGAGCGUAAGUCAGUUCUCAGAUUCUUGGAGACUUCCGAAAGCUACAGGGUGGAGCGCUGCUUGCAUUUAUGCCAGGAGUAUGGAGUUAUAGAUGCAGCUGCUUUCUUGUUAGAAAGGGUUGGUGACAUCGGAAGUGCCCUUUUGCUUGUUAUAUCUUCACUCAAUGAUAAAUUCAUCCUGCUUGAUUCUGCUGUUGAAAGUGAACAUUGUGGUACGGCUCCAGGGCAUUUCAAAGCUAUUUUAAGCAAGAAAGAGGUCACUGACAUAAUAGAGAUUUUACGCACUUGUAUUGGACUGUGCCAGAGGAACAGCCCUCGAUUGGACCCCGAUGAAGCAGAGAGUCUGUGGUUUCAAUUGCUUGAUUCUUUUUGUGAGCCUUUGAUGGAUUCACAUGAUCAUAUAAUAAGAUAUAAAGAAGAAGAAUGCGUGCAAGAUGGCGAGCGGGCUUGCAAAAUUCAGUGGAAGGUGUCAAAAUCUCAUAGAAAUGCUCACAUCCUCAGGAAAUUGCUCUCUGUGUUUAUCAAAGAGAUUGUUGAAGGAAUGAUUGGAUAUGUAAGCCUCCCGAGGAUCAUAUUAAAGCUUCUUUCUGAUAAUGAGACACAGGAAUUUGGUGAUUUCAAACCUACUAUACUGGGGAUGCUUGGAACAUAUGACUUUGAGAGGCGGAUUUUGGAUACCGCUAAAUCAUUGAUUGAAGAUGAUACAUAUUCCUCCUUGAGCUUACUGAAAAGAGGAGCUUCUCAUGGAUUUGCACCUCGGAGCCUCCUAUGUUGCAUUUGUAACUGUCCCCUCACAAAAGAUUUCUCAGCUUCUAGCAUUCAAAUUUUUACUUGUGGUCAUGCAACACAUCAGCAAUGUGAACCUCAGGAAAGUGAAGCAUCAAUCAGGGGUAACUCAACAGGAUGUCCUAUUUGUAUGCCAAGAAAGAAUUCGGAGAAGUUGAGAAGUAAAUCUAUGCUUGUGGAGAAUGUAUUGGUGAAGUCUAUAUCAAAAUCCCAUCAAACAAAUGGUACGACUGGUCUAUAUCCACACGAGAAUGAUGGUUUCGACAACUCCUAUGGACUUCAGUCCGUUUCAAGGUUUGACCUCCUCCUUAAUCUUCAAAAAACCCACCAGUCUAUGCAAAUAGAGAAUAUCCCUCAAUUGAGGCUUGCACCACCUGCUGUAUACCAUGAAAAGGUUAAGAAAAGAAAUGUUCCCUCGGCUGGAGAAAGCAGUAAUGGUCUGGCAAAACCGGAGAAACCAAGUAGGAGUAAGCAUCUCAGAGAUGUUAAACUGAAGGGAUCGUCUUUAAGGUUCCCCCUAAAAACAAAUAUAUUUGGUAAAGAGAAGAACAUUAAGCUGUGACAAUAACACUUUCUAGCUGGAUGCAAUCGUUGUUUUCCUGGUAUAUCUUCGCUACCUUGUAUAUUAUAGCAGAAACUGAAUUCGCGAGAGGGACAAAGUAUGGCUACUGAGGGAGGUUAGAGAUUUAGGAUGUUUCUGCUCUGUACAUUUGUUAUAUGCCCCAUUUUAUAUAUGAAAUCAAAAACAGUAUAAGAAAGCAAUGCUCUGAUGUAGUGCUUAGAUGAGUAGUGAGUUUACAGAAAAUUUCAACCUUGUAUUUUUUUCUCCGUAAAGUAAAAUAUAUUUGAGGAUACUGGAUAUUGCUA